GCGAGCCCGCCCCGCCCCCCUGCCGGCCAUGAACGCCGCUCGCACCGGCUACCGAGUCUUCUCGGCCAACUCCACGGCCGCCUGCACGGAGCUGGCCAAGCGCAUCACCGAGCGUCUUGGUGCUGAACUGGGGAAGUCUGUUGUAUACCAGGAGACCAAUGGAGAAACAAGAGUUGAAAUAAAAGAAUCUGUUCGUGGCCAAGAUAUUUUCAUUAUACAGACAAUACCCAGAGACGUGAAUACAGCUGUGAUGGAGUUACUGAUCAUGGCUUAUGCACUGAAGACUGCCUGUGCCAGGAAUAUUAUUGGAGUCAUCCCUUAUUUCCCCUACAGCAAGCAGAGCAAGAUGAGGAAGAGGGGUUCCAUUGUGUGCAAACUUUUGGCAUCCAUGCUGGCUAAAGCAGGUUUAACUCACAUUAUCACUAUGGAUCUUCAUCAAAAGGAAAUACAAGGCUUUUUCAGCUUUCCCGUGGACAACCUUAGAGCCUCACCUUUCCUGCUUCAGUAUAUCCAGGAAGAAAUUCCAAAUUACAGAAAUGCCGUCAUUGUAGCCAAGUCUCCUGAUGCUGCAAAGAGGGCCCAGUCCUAUGCUGAGAGACUGCGUUUGGGGUUAGCUGUCAUCCACGGGGAAGCUCAGUGCACAGAACUAGACAUGGAUGAUGGGCGACAUUCUCCCCCUAUGGUCAAAAACGCCACUGUGCACCCGGGCCUAGAGUUGCCAUUGAUGAUGGCCAAAGAGAAGCCACCAAUAACUGUAGUCGGAGAUGUCGGAGGCCGCAUCGCGAUCAUAGUGGAUGACAUAAUUGACGAUGUGGAGAGUUUUGUUGCUGCCGCAGAGAUCCUGAAGGAAAGAGGUGCUUACAAGAUCUAUGUCAUGGCCACCCAUGGCAUCCUGUCUGCAGAAGCCCCCCGUCUGAUUGAGGAGUCCUCCAUUGACGAGGUGGUGGUGACGAAUACUGUCCCGCAUGAGGUACAGAAGCUGCAGUGUCCCAAGAUAAAGACUGUGGAUAUCAGUUUAAUUCUUUCGGAAGCAAUUCGGAGAAUCCACAACGGAGAGUCCAUGGCCUACCUUUUCCGAAACAUCACUGUGGAUGACUAGUUUCACAUUUGCCUUGACCCUGGAACUCCUAAGACAACAUGAAAAAGCAGUGCCAUCAAUUAUGUACACAGUGCUUCCUUGCAGGGAGGACUGAAAUAUUCUGGAGUUAGAUAUUCUGUCUCACCAGGAUUGGUGGGUAGGAGGCAUUAAGGUGAUCAAGAAGAACUGAUGGGAUAAAUAACAUGGCCUUAAAUGUCUGCCAUCAUUAGCCCUGUUGCAUAAACAAAGGUAGAAAUGCUUUCCUGAAAAGAAUCUGAAAGUCUUGUUGGCAUUGAAGAUAAGUGAAAGGCAGAUCAAGCCUUAACUCUCUAAUGUGCAUUCAGUUGUUUCAGUUCCAAGGACCUGUAGGUGUUUAUGUUGAGCUUGGUUAGGGAAGCCGAGUGCCUGACACUGUUUCUGUCCACUUGUCCUCUCCCAGUCACCUUCAAGUCUUAUUAUAGAGAAUCAUAUUUUUCUUUCAGAAACUGCUGUGCUUUAGCCACUGAACAACGAAGCAUUUGUGUUGUUACUCCUCUCAAGGAUGUCAGCUUAGAAAAUAGCAUCCCACCUCUGUGUACCCGUGUGGCUCUCAUGUUGCGAAUAAAAGAAUUCGUUGUCUC